CUACCACGGCUGCAACCAGUUGGCUGGAGUCGGGACGCUGGAAAGCGACUCAGAGGAGAGGGUACUCGCCAACGGCGGCCGCCGCCACAGCGAAUCGCGGGGAGUAGCAACCGAAGACGGCGGCCGCCGCACCAGCCAUCGCGUGUGGAGGAUAAACGGCCGGCACGGCCAUCGCGGCGACCAAUCCAGGGAAAGAGUUAGCAAAGGCCAGGGCUUUAGUCGUAGCGAAGACUGGGAAAGAAUCCGUGAAGGCAGCGACCACCGCUGCAGGGUACCGACGGGAAGAGCAAGUGAAGACGUCGGCUUCUUCCGCAAUGACUCGAGAAGGGUCAGUGAAGACCUGGGCCACCGUCGCAGUGUCUCUCAGGAGACAGUCAGGGGGGACGAUUGCCACCGUCCCAGCAACUCUUGGGAGAGAGUAAGGGGAGACCGCAGCAGCGACGUGAGUUUAAGUGAAGUCGGAAGCCACCCCACUAGUGACUCCGUGGGAACGGUCAGAGAAGACCGAGGCCUCCGUCUCAGUGGGACUUGGGAGGUAGUCAGGGAGGUCCGGGGUCCCGGAACCAGUGACUCCGGGGAGAGAGGCAGUGACGACUACAGCCGCCGGCUCAGUGGCUCUUGGGAGGGCGGAAGUGUGGAUGGCGGCCGCAGCCUCAGCAGUUCCUGGGAGGAGGGGGUGAGUGAAGACCGCGGCUACGUGGCCAGCGACUCCUCCGUGGUGAGCGUCAGCGAAUACGCCAGGCGCCGCCGCUUCUGGGAGAGAGAAAGCGAAGACGAAGGUUCCCGCUGCUGGGGCUCCUGGGAGAGAACGACGGAGGACGGCGUCCCCGGGCCUAGCGACGACGAGGAAGACAGCCGCUGCUGCACUGGCUCGUGGGUGACAGCGAGCGAAGACCGCCGCAGCAGCAGGGGCCUGGACUCGACUCCUCUCCGGAGUCCGAGGGGUCGCACCAUGCCCGGGGUGUCCGGUUCAGGCCCCUCCACCUUCUCCACGGAGACUGCGACCCCGUUAGGUGCCAGGAAGAAAGUGCAUUUUGGUAGCAUACAUGAUGCAGUACGUGCUGGAGAUGUAAAGCAGCUUUCAGAAAUGGUAGAACGUGGUGCCAGCAUUAAUGAAGUUGACGUUCUCCAUAAAUUUACCCCUUUACAUUGGGCAGCACAUUCUGGCAGUUUGGAGUGUCUUCAUUGGCUCCUCUGGCAUGGAGCUGAUCUCUCACAAGCAACCGUGAGAGGUUGGACAGCAGCUCACAUAGCUGCCAUCAGGGGACAGGAUGCUUGCAUGCAGGCUCUUAUAAUUAAUGGAGCCAAUCUGGCAGCUCAAGAUGAUCGUGGAUGCACUCCUUUACACCUUGCUACAACACACGGACAUUCUUUCACUUUACAAAUAAUGCUCCGAAGUGGAGUGGAUCCCAGCGUGACUGAUAAGAGAGAGUGGAAACCUGUGCAUUAUGCAGCUUUUCAUGGGCGGCUUGGCUGUUUGCAACUUCUCAUUAAAUGGGGAUGUAGCAUAGAAGAUGUGGACUACAAUGGAAACCUUCCAGUUCACUUAGCAGCCAUGGAAGGCCACCUUCACUGUUUUAAAUACCUACUCAGUAGAAUGAGCAGUGCCUCCCAAGCUUUGAAAGCCUUCAAUGAUAAUGGAGAAAAUGUGUUGGACCUAGCCCAGAGGUUCUUUAAGCAGAACAUUUUACAGUUUAUCCAGGGGGCUGAGUAUGAAGGAAAUGAUCCAAAAGAUCAAGAAACUUUAGCAUUUCCAGGUCAUGUGGCUGCCUUUAAGGGUGAUUUGGAAAUGCUUAAGAAAUUAAUAGAAGAUGGAGUAAUCAAUAUUAAUGAACGUGAUAAUAAUGGAUCAACUCUUAUGCAUAAAGCUGCUGGGCAAGGCCACAUAGAGUGUUUGCAGUGGCUAAUUAAAAUGGGAGCAGACAGUAAUAUUACCAACAAAGCAAGGGAGAAACCCAGUGAUGUGGCUAAGAGGUUUGCCCAUUUAGCAGCAGUAAAGCUAUUGGAAGGACUACAGAAAUAUGAUAUAGAUGAUGAGAGUGAAAUUGAUGAAAAUGAUAUUAAGUUUUUCAUAAGACAUGGUGUUGAGGGAAGCACUGAUGCCAAGGAUGAUAUAGGUCUCAGUGAGUCAGAUAAAACAGAUGCCAGAGUGAGAGCUUAUAAGAAAACUGUAGAAUUGAGACACCUCCUGGAAAUUGCUGAGAGCAACUAUAAACAGUUGGGAGGCAUAACAGAAGAAGAUCUAAAGCAGAAGAAAGAACAGCUUGAGUCUGAAAAAACUAUCAAAGAGCUGCAGGGCCACCUGGAGUAUGAACGACUAUGCAGAGAAAAAUUAGAAUGUCAGCUGGAUGAGUAUCGAGCAGAGAUGGAUCAACUCAGGGAGAUGCUGGAAAAAACUCAGGUUCCCAACUUUGCUGCUGUGGAAGACGACCCUUCCUGUGAGUCAAGCAAAGAGAAGAGGCAAAUGAAGAAAAAGGUGUCUUCUGGAGGAGUUUUUGUGAAAAGAGACAAAGAGAAUAAUGUCAUCUUCAAUUUAAAUUGAAAGCAAAAUCAGCUUGCAGGAUCUUGAUUUGUGAGCCCAGGGUUAGGAGGAAGCUCCUGUGGUGGGAGCUCCGAGUCCAAACCACUGGACUAACAGAGAACCUCAGACCUCAGGGAAUAUUAAUCGGAGUGAGGUCUCACAGAGUUUCUCAUCUCAGCACCAAGCCUCAGCUCUACCCAAUAGCCUACAAACUCGUGUUGGAAGCCUCAGGCCAAACAACCAGUAAAACAGGAACACAAUCCCACUCAUAAAAGAAAAAAAAAAAAUGAGAUGGCAAAAAAAUAUGUCACAGAUGAAGGAGCAAGGUAAAAACCUACAGGACCAAAUAAACGAAGAGUAAAUAAGCAAUCAACCUGAAAAAGAAUUCAGAG